GACAUCACAGACCAACGACGGAGCUGUAGAUUCUAUACUCUCGACCCGUACCUUACGCAUAGCGCCGAUUUCCUCCACAGAUCCAGCCAUGACCGCACUCGCAGGACGUCAUGUUGUUUAUUGCGGUGUGUGCUCCCUGCCGCCCGAGUACUGCGAAUACGGUGGAACCGUCAAAAAGUGCCAGCAAUGGCUCGAGAAGAACCAACCGACCAUGUACUCAAGGAUAUGGUCGCCUGAGGUGCUCGAGGCGGAGAUGGCAUCGCUGUCAGUCGAGGCGCAGGAGCGCGCCAUGAAGGACGCGAAGAAGAAGGCAGCCAAGGCCGAGGCGGCGGAGCAGAAGCAGGCCGACAAGCGCGCCAACAGCGUGGUGACCAUUAAGCGCAUUGAGCGCAACAAGAGGAAAUACGUCACCUCGGUGUCGGGCUUGGAGGCGUUUGGGUUGGAGUUGAAGAAGGUUGCCAAGGACUUUGGCAAGAAGUUCGCUACCGGCUCUUCGGUAACCAAGGUACCCAGCGGCGGCGAGGAGAUUGUCGUCCAGGGCGAUGUCAGCGGCGAGAUCGAGGAGUUCAUUCUCGAAAAAUACAAGGAGGUUCCCGAAGACAACAUAGAACUCGUGGAAGACAAGAAGAAGAAGAAGGGCGAAGGGAACUAGGUGUUUCGACGUCAACUUUGGUUUUUUAAAAAGACUGCGGAGGCGCGCCUAAACCUGGCGGGAGUUAAUGGUUGAGCUUGAUAGAUAUUACGAGGCUAUUCGGAUGAUAUUGGCUAUUCCGCUUGACAUCGAGGGGGAAAAGCUUUUGACGCUGUAGCUCAAGACAAAAGCGAUAAAUGAUAACAUUACUUGGAUUUGCCAUGUCCCA